AGCAAGAUUCAUUCAGUAUAAGGUUACCUCACUGGAACAGCAACCCAUCCCAUUCAGUGAUCCAGAGAGCCACACGGUAGUGUCCAUAGACAAUAUUGACACAAUGCAUCCCUAUGCUAGGAACAACCUGGGCAAACAAAAAAGUAGUUGGCAUGGAACAUCUAUUCAAGUGGUACAGCCAAUGCCCUCGAUAUUGAGAGGGGAGUGAAUAGUCUAGCAGUGUUAUUUGAAAACACUAGCACAGAGACAGAUUCAAUCACGUGUCUACUGGAAACAUCAACCUCCAGGAUAGAAGGCACAGCUACGUAUUUCCUACCAAGCACUGAAGAUUCAGAUGAUGUCAGCUUGAUUACAACACGUAAAAGAGUGCAAAGGACGUCACCCAUAAAUUCCCCCCUGAAACUCACAAGAUCACCAGCUGCUAAGCUAAUGAGAAGGUUAAGAACGGGAACGGAACAAGUUCGUGUCUCUGCACGCACUACUACUUCCUCUCAGGGAUGCAGUUUCACCAAAAGUGUCAACCUUCUGCUUUUAAUAGUUCCUGUCCUAAGAAAUCUCUAUCUGAUUAUCUCAUGAACAGUGCAAAGAGUUUAUCCUUAGGUGAAAUCAUGGAAGAAAUUGGAACAUACAUGCUUGGGAAGGUGUCAUUGGCAAGCACGCAACCAGACAGUGUAUUAAUUAACCUUCAAGACUAUCUUUCCAUUCUGAGGCCAAGCCACACAGAAAAGUCAAAUGUGCACUACUUAUGUGUCCUGGAUGCAGUAGCUGACAAUAAAGAUACACUAACAGAAAUUCUACACGAUUUGCACUGCAAGUACGUAAAAACUAACAUCCACCAGCAUCUUGUGAUUGAGGGUGAUGCUAAAUUGUAUGCAGUACUUCAGUCACUGAAAUAUAAAUAUGCAAAAGACUUAGAAUGGUUGAUACCAUUCCAGGAGAUUGGCAUAUGCUAAUGAACUACCAAAUAGCUUUGAUGAAGCCAUACUUUGAUGCUGGGCUUAAGUCUAUGGCUGAGGCAGCAAAAUAUCCAGUGGCAGCUAUCCAAACUUGUAGUCAAUUCAAGAGAACGCACUACUUCAUCCUUGAAGCUUGGGAGGCUAUAUAUAGAGCAAUGCUUAGUACGUACUCGAAGUCACUAGUAGCUGACAGACCUUUGAGUUUGGACACGCACUCAGAACCACUGACACAGGACCCACUACUAGACACAAUAACAAGAGUUAUCUGUUUUACACAAAAGUACACAAGAUGAUAAAACAUUUACCGAAAAAUUCUAUGCUACAGUAUCAACCAUCAGUUCCCUAACAGAACCGUUUUAUGAAGGGUUCAAACAGUUCAUUCAAAAUAUGGCUAUGAGAGAUGAAACAUGGAGGACAUGGGUACAAUUUGUAUUCACAGAUGCAAUGGCAUAUGUCACUCUCUUUUUGUCUAUACGAAGUGGAGACUGGGAAUUGCGGAUGGCAAGUAUGAAAAUGAUGGCACCUAUUUUCACUGCUUUCGAUCAUCCAACCUAUCAAAAGCUCAUAUCAGAUCACAUUACAGACGUACUACAUUUACCAGAGGCUAUAUUACUCAUGUUUCAGCAAGGCGGUUUUGUAGUCAAUAUCAUGGGAAGGCCAUGGCAUUCUGUCGGUAUUGUCGAGGCGCAUGAAAUGCUCAUUAACAAAAAAUGCAAAAUGUCAUUCGUAAAACCAAGUGAAGAUUAUAUAAACAGAGUAGCCAAGUUCCUAACGUAUCGUAUAAAUGCUCUAGAAUCAACAACUAAUCAACUAUUUCCUGAAAUGAAUAAAAAGUCUACAGAGCCAAACGAUAUAUUAAGUGUCAAACCCAAUGACAAAAAAUUUGAGCAAAACGUGAGAACCCAGAUAAUCGCUGUACAAAAAAGUUCCCUACUGGAAGUAGUGGAGGUUAAUCGUGGUUUGUUUAACCCAUUUACAAAUGUACAUGCAUCUCUAGCACAAUCGAGUGACUUACUAAACUUUCGGAAAAUUGGACAGGAAGAGUUUUUGUUAACAAUAUCUAGUUUUAUACUAAAGGAACCUAGUGUGAAAGCUCCAAAACGAAAAAGAUCUCUGAAAACCUUCUCACAGAAACACGUUCGAACCAGAAAGAUGUCACAGCUGGAACGAGACAAAGGGCUAAUCCUUUCAACAAUCAAAAAGAAAAUGCAAUUUUCUAUAAAAACAGGGAAACCUAUAGGCCAACCUGGUGAGCAAAUUUUAGAGUAUCCACUUUCUCUUUGUGACAAUGAUGGAAACCCUUUGAAAGGCCAGAAAAGUUACUUCACGAAGUCUUUAAACACGAGGUACACUGACACAAAUCCACCGGUGAUCACUACAGAAUUACCACAUGAUUGGAUACCAGAGUGUUGCAUCCUGGAAGGCAUGUUUAUGAUUAACACAACACCCCUUGGAUGUCACACUACCAUGACAGACUAUGCAAACUUCCUAUUUAGAAGGUAUGUACUACCGAAUCUAAAGAAAGGCAUGAAAGAAAUCCACAUAAUUUUCGACAGCCCAGGAAGGCUUAAAAACACACCCAAGUACUUCGAGCAGAAAAGACGUGAUGCCAAUGCUAAAAUAUCCAUGACGCACAGAUGUGAUGAUAUUAUAGGAUCUACGAAAGUUAUACAAGGCAAAUGGAGGGAAUCUUUUCUGAAUUGCAGGGAAUGCAAACGGAAAUUAGCCAUAUUCAUAGGAGAAUUCUUUCUGAAUAACUGUAGUUCUUACCUUCAAGAUCAUCAGGCGAUGUACAUAGCUGGCACCUUUGAAGGAGACAUCAGAGACACAGCUUGGUUUGUCAGAGGGAAGUCGCCUAAGCAACCAGAUCCCGAAUACAUCUGCAAUGCUGAAGAGACAGAUACCAGGAUAUGGUUACAUGCCAAGAAAACAUCACACAAAAAUAUUUUGGUCAUGUCUCCCGACACAGAUGUGUACAACAUUGGUCUUCCUCUGGCGUCAGUUAAAAACAAACUAGUGGUGAUACAGGUCAAUACUUACAAUUCCAAAGAAUUGAAAUUUGUAAUUUUAAACAACCUAGUGGCAGCUUUGUCCAAUGAUCCAGACUUAGCACGAAUAAACCCUGAAUUGCUACCACUAGUACUACAGAUCAUAUUUAUUUGCACUGGAUGCGAUUACCUGUCCUUUUUUAGUCAGAUUGGCAAAGCGACAUUUUUUAGGUACUUUUUCCAGUAUGCAUCCUUCAUAACAGGUGGCAGCGAGACACAUCCGGGAACACUGGCAGACAUCGGUCUUGAAGACGGGAGCUACAAAUGUGGAUAUCUGGCAUUUAUACGAUUGGUGGGUACAACAUACUUCAAAAAGUUUGCAUCUGGUUUUGAAACCAAUUCCCCUAGUACGUAUUUUACUACCUGUGUACAGCAAGAUACCACACCUGAACAACAACAUAGGGAUUGGUUAAGAAGUAUACGAAACACCAUUUGGUAUCGCACAAAGUUCGAAAAUGAAAUGGUUGCAUCGGAUGAGGCUCUAAUGUUUCACUGGAAGCGAGUAUGUUGGGUAGCAAACAUGUGGAACCAGGCUGAUCGAAACAUAAUGCUUCUACAACCAUUGACAAAUUGGGGCUGGGAUACAACUAAGGAGAAUUUGUCUGUGGUCUGGGAUAGUGAAGACUACGUUAAAACAAUACACGAGAGAGUAUGUGCUCUCACUAAAGGCUGUAAAUGUGUCACAGGCUGUACUACAAAAAGGUGUAGUUGUUACAGAGGGAGUAAACGCUGUUCAGCAGGGUGUGAGUGUAAAAGCUGUAAUAACGUACAUGUAAACACAUGUACACCUCACCCUACUAUAGACAGGUCCUCCCAGUUAGUCGAUGUUAUUAUUGAGGAGGAGUAUGUGGACCAGUACGGUGAAAUUGAAGACAUCAUGGAUUUUGUUUUUAGAGAAAAUUCCCAAUAAGCAAACGAGACUGACAUCGAAAGUGACUCUGAUGAAGAACAAUCGAACAGUGUACUUUGUUAAACAGACAAACACAAUUGUUUUAUGCUUAUUUUAAAGUCACAACUUGAUUCACCAUGUAUGAAAUAUUUUAUACUUACACCUACAUGUUUU